AUCGGACCGGCAACUUGGGCAAGCAUUCGCGCCUGUCAGUGCUGCCGUCCCUGUCCUGGGGUCCUUGGCUGGCCUCUGUGCCAAUGCGAUGCUUCGAGACGGAUGCGCGCAACGAAUUACAGGCGCAAAAAAGAGAAAAUAUGGUAAAAAUAAUAUGCCGUCUCGUCUUCCGUGCGCAGAUUCAAAACGAUGGGCGUACAACAGUGCCGGCAAGAGCAGUCCCAAUGCACUCUACUAGCCAGCCGAUGCUGUGGCCUUCGUUGCCGAAUAAUCGAAAGCUAAAAAAAGUCCCCAAGCUUCCUUUCGAGUCCGGGGAACGUGCGGUGCUGCUGGGCGCUUGGCCCCUUUUAACGCGCGAUUAUGCUGCGCCCGGCGGAAAGCGGACAAAGAGCUCGCCUGGGUCUGGGGCCGCAGCGGUAGGAGAACUGGGGAAAGGUGGCUCGUGGGUCGUAACAGGAGGGCGACGGUGCGUCGGAUUACGACCUCAGUUUUGUUGCUCCCAACAAAAUGGCUAUAGGAUUGUUGCUUGUUUCCUAAAACGUCGCCUCGAAAAUCGGCGUAUGGAUAAUGAUUUUGGGAACAAGCAAAAGGGAACAGAAACCCAAAAGUUGCGAAUGUCAAAGUAAGUAGGUACUCCGCAGUACUCCGUACCGCGCGAGAAAACGAGUUGCAACGCACAGACGCCGAUGGCGCAAAGGGCUG